AUGGCGACGACAAGAUCGGCCAUCCUCGUUCUCGUGACGAUGUGCUUCCUCCUCGCCGCUCCUCCGGCCUACUCCGAACGCCGAGGCUUCUUCCGUGCCACCAUGACCUGCAACGAACCGGUCAUCAACCUAACGCGGGCCGCGCACAAGUCUCGCCAACGGCUGUCCAUCCUCGCCGCCCGGCUGCUUGACGCAGCAGCCUCAGGGUCAGGGAGCGCGCAGACGCCGCUGCAGUUGGACAGCGGCGUCGGCGCAUACGACAUGACCUUCUCCAUGGGCACGCCGCCGCAGCAGCUGUCGGCCCUCGCCGACACCGGCAGCGACCUCAUCUGGGCCAAGUGCGGCGCGUGCAAGCGGUGCGCGCCGCAGGGCUCCCCUUCCUACUACCCAAACAAGUCGUCGUCUUUCUCCAAGCUGCCGUGCUCCAGCGGCCUCUGCCGUACGCUGGAGUCCCAGUCGCUGGCGACGUGCGGCGGUGCCGGCGCCAGCGCCAGCGCCAGCGGCGCGGUGUGCGACUACAAGUACUCAUACGGCCUCGCCAGUGACCCGCACCACUACACGCAGGGUUACAUGGCGAGCGAGACCUUCACGCUCGGCGGCGACUCCGUGCGAGGCAUCGGCUUCGGCUGCACGACCAUGUCGGAGGGCGGAUACGGCUCCGGCUCCGGCCUCGUCGGGCUCGGCCGCGGGAGGCUGUCCCUCGUCAGGCAGCUCAAGGUCGGCACCUUCUCCUACUGCCUCACCAGCGACACCUCCAAGUCGAGCCCUCUCUUGUUCGGCGCCGCCGGCGACCUGAUGACAGGCGCCGGCGUCCAGUCCACGCCGCUCCUCAAGACGUCCACCUACUACACCGUGAACCUGACUAGUAUCUCCAUCGGCGCCGCGACGACGCCCGGGACUGGGAGACACGGCAUCAUCUUCGACUCCGGCACCACGCUGACGUUCCUGGCGGAGCCGGCGUACACGCUCGCCAAGGUGGCGCUCCUGUCGCAGGCGACGAACCUCACGAGGGUUCCAGGCACGGAUGGGUACGAGGUCUGCUUCCAGACGUCCGGCGCUGUGUUCCCGUCCAUGGUGCUGCACUUCGACGGCGGCGACAUGGCCCUCAGGACGGAGAACUACUUCAGGGCGGUGGACGACAGCGUGAGCUGCUGGAUCGUGCAGAGCUCGCCCAGCCACACGUCCAUUGUCGGCAACAUCAUGCAGAUGGACUACCACAUCCGGUACGACCUGGACAAAUCGGUGCUGUCCUUCCAGGCGGCCAACUGCGAGACUUUCUGA